GGGGGCUGGGCGGAGGCGGGGCCGGGCUUCCGGACAGAGGCCAAUCGCUGCCCUCGGGGCCUCCAGCGCCGGCUCUGGGCCGAGGCAGCCGGAGCGCGGAAGAGGCCUGGAAAUCCACGCGGAUUCCCGGAGACGGCGCCUCUGCUCUGCGGGUUCGUGACGAGGAAGUCCACCCACUGCUCCCGGGCGCAGGUCUGCAGGUCCGCGCCCACUGCCCGCGGCGCCACUGACCAUGUCGGUGACUGAUCAGGCUUUUGUCACACUGGCCACCAAUGACAUCUACUGUCAGGGCGCCCUGGUCCUGGGGCAGUCACUGAGGAGACACAGGCUGACGAGGAAGCUGGUGGUGUUGAUCACUCCUCAGGUGUCCAGCCUGCUCAGGGUCAUCCUCUCGAAGGUGUUCGAUGAAGUCAUUGAAGUGAAUCUAAUCGAUAGUGCCGACUACAUCCACCUGGCCUUUCUGAAGAGACCUGAGCUCGGGCUCACCCUCACCAAGCUUCACUGUUGGACUCUCACUCACUACAGCAAGUGUGUCUUCCUGGAUGCGGACACUCUGGUGCUGUCCAAUGUCGAUGAGCUGUUCGACAGGGGAGAGUUUUCUGCGGCCCCGGACCCCGGAUGGCCAGAUUGCUUCAAUAGCGGGGUAUUUGUCUUCCAGCCUUCUCUCCACACGCAUAAACUCCUGCUGCAGCACGCCAUGGAACACGGCAGCUUUGAUGGGGCAGACCAAGGCUUACUGAAUAGUUUCUUCAGGAACUGGUCGACCACAGACAUCCACAAGCACCUGCCGUUCAUCUAUAACUUGAGUAGUAACACGAUGUACACUUACAGCCCUGCCUUCAAGCAAUUCGGUUCCAGUGCAAAGGUCGUCCACUUUUUGGGGUCCAUGAAACCUUGGAACUACAAGUACAAUCCACAGAGUGGCUCGGUGUUGGAGCAAGGCUCAGCGUCCAGCAGCCAGCACCAGGCGGCAUUCCUUCAUCUCUGGUGGACGGUCUACCAGAACAACGUGCUGCCCCUUUAUAAAAGCGUCCAAGCGGGGGAAGCACGCGCGUCUCCUGGUCACACACUUUGCCGCAGUGAUGUGGGGGGGCCGUGUGCGGAUUCAGCCUCUGGUGUUGGAGAGCCGUGUGAAAAUUCAACACCCAGUGCCGGCGUGCCGUGUGCAAAUUCACCACUGGGUUCUAACCAGCCUGCUCAGGGCCUUCCGGAGCCGACCCAGAUAGUGGAUGAGACCCUGUCCCUACCUGAAGGACGCCGUUCAGAAGAUAUGAUAGCUUGUCCUGAAAUUGAGACUCCUGCCGUGAUAACGUGUGACCCACUGUCCCAGCCUUCCCCUCAGCCUGCAGACUUCACAGAGACUGAAACCACCUUGCCAGCAAAUAAAGUCGAAAGUGUCUCAUCCGAGGAAACCUUCGAACCAAGCCAGGAACUCCCUGCUGAGGCUGUCAGGGACCCCAGUCUGCAGGAUGCACUGGAGGUCGACCUGGCCGUCUCUGUUUCCCAGAUCUCCAUCGAAGAGAAGGUGAAGGAAUUGAGCCCCGAGGAAGAGAGGAGGAAGUGGGAGGAAGGCCGUAUCGACUACAUGGGGAAGGACGCGUUUGCUCGCAUCCAGGAGAAGCUGGACCGGUUCCUGCAGUAAUCCGGCAGCUGGUGGGCGUUGUGUGUAGUUAGACAAUGUCCUGUUGGGUGGUCCUGUUGCGUGGAGAUCUCCUCUGGUCCUUUCAAAGGGAAACGCUGUUGAACCUUGUGCCUCUAUUUAUGCUUAAUCCAUUUGAGUGCCUCACACAAAAAACGUAGAGUAUAGAAAUCCACCUUAAAGCCCCUCGCCCCAACUUCUCCACCAAUGCCUUCAGAGGUCACUUCUACCCUUGAAGCUGUCGGCAAAAGCGAGCAGCAAUAACAUUCUAGUAGACCCUUGAUGGUGGUCUCCGCUCUUGCCCGACGGACCUCUGAAGUACGCUGGAGCUGUGUUGUACAGGUGCUGUGAGACCUACCCUAUUUAGAAUGAAACCUCACUGCCAAUUUCCUCCCAUCACGAAGCUAACAACACUAAUAUACGUAUUUAGCACCUCUGAGGCUUUGCCAUGGAGACCCAUUUCUGUAGGGCUAAGGAAACAUUUAGACGUGGUGACUGACUUUCAUUUGGACUAGGCGAAGCGUAUCUGAGAAACACCUCGGCUGUGGUCUCUCUGCUUUAAAUCCUAACAGGACUUCCUAGAGCGUUGACAGAAAUUCUACUCGUGGACGUUGGGAAGAAAGAUUGUAGGUGGCUUGGGGAAUGUGGGUGGCUUAGAGGAUCUAAACCGAUUCACUUCCUGGUUGAGAAGCAUCCAGGGCUUGGCCCUAAACGAUUUAGAGCAACAGUUUGCUCAGGAUAACAGGAUCUAGAGAUGCUCUCUGCUUGACAACAAAAGUCAGGGUGCAGUCGGUCCGCCCUUGACUGCUCUUGGCUUGGUCUCUACCCCCACUACCUCCGUUCUCAAUAACUUAGUGAAUCACUGCCCUCCUCAAAGCCAUUUCCACUCACCUCUUUCCAGAGAAUUCUCAGUUUUAUGAGACGGGAAACUUUAUUUCACGAGAAAGCCUCGUUGUCAGAAGUAUCUUCAUUCAAUGGGCACAAUAUGCUGUGUAUCUCACCAGGUAGCUGUGUUUACGUGGAGAGGCGUGGCCACUUUUUAGGUCACCUGAAGCAGUUUAGCCUUUGGAUAGAGGAACCUGCCUGAAUUUAGGGCAUUAGUGGUGGCAUUUUUUUGUGUACAAGAUGUGGGUGAUGCAGGGGCUGUUUCUUUUUCCGUGUGGGUGGUUAAUAAUCGUCAGUCUCAGAGGGCGAUGCUCGUAGGAUAUUUCAGGGCUUAAUUUAAAAUAGCCAUAUGGAUACAGUCUCAGGUGAGUCAGGGUUGGAUGGUCAUCGGCUUUCAGACGGAGACCACGGGAAUGUUCAGGGAAAAAAUGUCAGCUUCUCUGAGGACCAGAAUUCAUGUUCACGGGCAGUGAUGAGUUGGCUUAUGGAGUGAGUCCAGUCUGGAAUUCCGCCGUGCAUUCUAGCCUGUAUCAUCUCAUUUGGACAAAUGCUGGCACGUUGAAAUUAAAAUGUUAAAAAACA